AAAAUUAAAAAAGCAACAAAUAGCAUGUUAUACAGUGUCCGAAAAGGAUAUGAUGAGAUAAAGGCUAAAAUGACAACACGUUCGUUAACAGGACAGAGUGAAAUGGAUUUACAAAAAGAAUUAGGUUUCGAUAAACCUUUCGAUUCAUAUGAAGCAUUUAUAGCCUUUGACAAUCGAUUACAAGAUGACGACUUAAAUGUGAUAAUGAAAGAUUAUAUAUCUAUAAUAGAAGGAGGAAGUAAAAAUACAUCUGACGCAAUAAAACGAAUUUUACCUCGACUUAUGGCAAAGGCAGUACAAUUAAAGUACAGUGGUUGUGGACGACAAAGUGGCGAUAAAAAGAAGGACAGUUUUGCAGAAACAAAUACAUAUAAAAUAAUGAAAGAUACAUUAAAACAACUUUUCCCAAAUAUUUGUGAGAAAGAGAUUUUAACAAGAACAAGUCGCUAGUUCUCCGGAGCUCCCGACAGAGAUGGUGGCAGAAAAGACAGACUUAAAACAGUAACACAGACUUAGAACAGUAUGUUAAGCUGUCUUUACAAUACCCGCGUUUUCUUUUUUUUUUCAUUAAUAUCUUUAUAUUAUACAUUGUACUAUACUACUUUGUACGUUUUCAUUCAAUAUAAUUUUGGAGAGCCACAGCUUGGCCUCUCACAGCCUGUAUUAAUGUAAAAGAUUUGCAA